GAUCUAACUAUAGGGGCGUCAAACUGGCGGCCCUCCAGCUGUUGCGAAACUACAAGUCCCAUCAUGCCUCUACCUUUGGGAGUCAUGCUUGUAACUGUCAAUCUUGCAAUGCCUCAUGGGACUUGUAGUUUGGCAACAGCUGGAGGGUCGCCAGUUUGACACCCAGGAAGUCCUAGGGCAGGGGUGUCAAACUGGUGGCCCUCCAGCUGUUAUGAAACUACAAGUCCCAUCAUGCCUCUGCCUUUGGGAGUCAUGCUUGCAACUGUCAAUCUUGCAAUGCCUCAUGGGACUUUGGCAACAGCUGAAGGGCUGCCAGUUUGACACCUUGUCCUAGG